AUGGUCUUUGCACGCCGUUCAAUCUUCCGCGCUGCAACUGCAGCUCAGUCCUUCCGUGCCGCCCCUGUUGCUCGCCAGUCUGCGCAGCUCCUCAGUCGCCGAUUUAAGUCUACUGGCGGCAGUUAUGAGCCUGGGCAUGCAUCCAGUGACUUGCCUUGGUUGGCGGUCUCUGCUGCCGUGACCAUUCCAAUGGUAUUUUAUCUCUGGCCUUCCGGUUCAGAGGGACACCACGAUGCCCACGGGGACGAACAUAAGAAGGAACACGCAGAGGAUAGUGAGGUAGAAGAGGGUUCUUCUAAGGCGGAACCCGAGCAGGAAGAGAAGACGGACACCAAGGAAGAGGCCGAGGGUAAGGCGGACAAGAAGGAAGAGCCUGAGGAGACGGAAGAACCCAAGAAAGAGAAGGAAGAGCCUAAGGAGGAGAAGCAAGAAUCUAAGGAGAAGGAGGAACCUAAGGAGAAGGAGGAACCUAAGGAGGAGAAGAAGGAACCCAAGGAGAAGGAGGAACCUAAGGAGAAGGAGGAACCUAAGGAGAAGGAGGAACCUAAGGAGAAGGAGGAACCUAAGGAGGAGAAGAAGGAACCCAAGGAGAAGAAAGAGGCUGAGGAGAAGAAAGAGGCUGAGGAGCAAGAUGAGAAGGAGAAGAACAAAGGUGAUGACUCAAAGAAGGAACACAAGGACGAAAAGAAAGACGACUCCAAGGAGGACGCACCUAAGAAGGAUGAGUCAAAAAAGUGA